GUUGAUCAUGAUGGAACCCUCACCUCAUGUGCGCAUGCAUUUGAGCACAAGCUCUCUCUCAUCCUAGGCUUGCUCUUAUCGUUCUAUCUAUGGCUUUAAACUGGGGUGCAGGUCGUCAUAAACACCAGUCCAGCUAUCAGCAUGCGCCCAGCGCAUUCCACGAUGAGCGCGUUCCAGGUUACUUUCCGUCUCCGAGUUCCUAUGCUGCUUAUCAGCACCAUAAUCCUAAUCCAUACGCCAUUGUAUCUCCAGCAUCUUUCACUCCUGACUUCGAUCAAUCUCCGUCUUCAUAUUAUCACCUUGACAGCCCUCCAAGUUUCUCAAGACCUUUGUCAAUGACCACCCUCAAUGACCCUGCAUUCUCAUCUGAUCCUUGCGAUCAUCCCUAUUUUCCACUCGUUAGCUCUACAUUCUACAAGGAGGUCCCCUCCAAAUCUCCUCUUAUGGUCGUCAACAAAUCUCCUCUCAUGGUCGUCAACAAUCUCUCUCAUACACCUCCGACCACUCCCAUUGAUAUCUCACCUCAUCAGGAAGUGCUCUGUUCUAUUGAAGAUCCAGACUUCGUUUCACACUCACCCAACUCGGAAGAAACUCACCCGUCCCCGACUUCUUCGAGUUCUGUAUCUUUAGAUUCUGACUCUCACACCGCUCUCUCUGCUUUCACGUCGCCUACUGUAUCAUCCGCUACGUCUCAUUCCCACUCACUGAUCCAUCCCAAGACGCCUCGUGUUGUGUCACCGUUACAGCUUUCCUUUCCAUUCUCAGCAUCACCGGCCUCGUCUUCGCCGAGUCAUGACCUAGGGUCUUCCCCAACCAUGUGCCCCCCUACUUCUAAUCGUCCAAUCCCAACACGUAAUCUUACCGCUCCAGAGCAGCGAGAAAAUGUGGUCAGACCUGCCACAGUGCGGUUUGACUCAGCUCCAGUCCAUGCAGAUGGCAGUAACAGGCCUACAGGAAAGCGUCGAAUGAAGAAUUUCAUUCGACGCUUCACAAAACCCCGUGCCCUCGACCGAAUCGACGAAAUGGAUGAGACAGAUCCUUUUGGUGCAGGGUGGCAUCAUGGCGGUCCUUACGAAGCUAUUGGUAGCAAUCUUGCGCAACUUGGGCCUGCUCACAUGUAUAAUGACAUUGACAUCCUGCGAGGCGAUUUCCAUACUAAAUCUAAGCGCGAGAACGUCCCUCGGCAGGUGCGGACCCAGAAAGGGGCCAGAGUGCCUCAAACGGGUUCAGGAGUCGGUCGACCGUCUCUCAAUUUUGUUCCUGGACAAAUUAUUCCAUCUGGUAUCAUAUCGCCGCCUCUGCAUACCACUCAGGCCAAUACUGUAACCCUGAACCCAGAUCUUCUUAAUCUGGGCUCGGGUCAGUCAAGGCCCAGUCAUUCCAGAAGCCACUCCUCUCCUCUUUACCACCAUCCGCCCGAAGCGCCGCCUUCUCGUACAUCGUCACGUGCACCCGCCAGCCAGCCUCCUUCUCGGAUCCAUCGCUUUGGUGACGAUAUACCUCACAUACCACAACAUCCACGGCCAGCUCAUGAUGAGCUCGCGCCUUAUCCCCUUUAUCAAAUACAUUCUGCGCCCGAUUUACCGCCGGGUCAUAAUAAACGAUAUCCUGAGAUUCGGUCGCAAGCUCGCGGAGAUGCAAAUCAGGCAACGCCCUUUUCAUCACCGCCCAUCGUUGAACCACCUGACGGUCAAGUGAUCGACUUGGCGAUCCAAUUUCCUCGACAUCAUAGAACUCACUCAUUGGGCAGUUCGCGCACGCGUACUACUACAUCUACGCAAUCUACAUCUGGCACUCAAAAUAGCUUACAGCCACCACGCAAUUCUCACCUUCCAAAACGUCUCGUCAUGCCCGCCCCUCUUCAGCCCCAGCAAACACUACCCCAACAGGAGCAGUAUCUUGGCAUAUAUCCCCGAGCUGACCCCUACGAUCCUUACGCCGACCCUGACCCUGACCCCUUCCCACCCCAAGGCUACACUCACGAACCGGCAGCAAUGUAUCACCAAGGCCGAAAACUACUCCGGAAGAAAACGGCCGUCUUCCCUGGAAAUAUACCUUUGCCAAUGCAUGCACCUGGUGUUCAUGCUGACGCAAAUCCUCCAUUGACAAAACAUCCGUCCUUGUCAGCUACCGAGGUUGGGAAGGUCAAGGAAGUAGUUCAUCGGCGAAGGCUGAGUAAACGGAAACACGAUAUCUGAAUUCAUGUUAUAACCCUUCUUCUGGACUUUCUGCUCUGUAACAGAUUGUGAUACGAAGAUGGGUUGGUGUUCUUG